AUGAAUUUACCGUACGGAAAAUUACUGGUGUACUUUUUAACGUUUCUGGGAUAUAUCUAUUCUGGAUAUGGGUCAGGAUUUCUCAACAAUUUGAGAGAUGCUGUGAUAACAGCAGAAACUGUUUUUGGCGAGGUAUUCAAGAAUGUGGUUAAUGUUGCGAAGAAAUUUAGAACCAUGUCCGAUGUAUUUGAUGCAGCUGUAGAGGAAGACUGUAUCUUUAAAUGUCCAAACAAUGAAGAACCGAGACCAAAUCGAAAUCAUGUUCCAACCGCAGAUGGUUGCGGUUCCCUUGGAGUGAAAAUCGAUUCUAACUACUUACCAGUGGGCGAGAUGAAGAAAUGCUGUGACGUACACGAUAUCUGUUAUGAUACAUGUAGAAACGACAAAGAAAUGUGCGACGUAGAGUUCAAAAGAUGUUUGUAUAGGUAUUGUGAUGGUUAUGACCAGUCAGUAGGUGGCACUACGGUGGUUAAAGCCUGUAAAGGAGCAGCUAAAAUGUUAUUUACCGGUACCCUAACACUUGGUUGUAGAGCAUAUUUAGAUGCGCAAACACAAGCAUGUUAUUGCUCAUCGCAAGGGAGAAAAGACAAAAAGAAUAAAAAAUUUCAACAAGAGAAGAUGGGAGGAGAAUUGUAA